AUGAAGCAAGGAGGGGAUGAUCUGGAGGAUGACUUCGUCUUUGACGAUACCGCUGCGUUAUCUGCCGAUGAAGACCAAGACGGCGACGUAGUGGACAUUGCUAUUGUAUCUCAAGAUGUGGAUGAAGAGGAGGGCCAUGGUGUUGACGCCGUCGAAAAUAUUGAACGAGAUGAGGCAAAGGAAGAGAGGAAGAGAAAACGUAAAGAGAAGGUGAAGGAGAAGAAACUCAAGCGGCGCAAGCUUGUAGCCACUGAUUCGGAAGGUGCAGAGACUCGGUCUGUGACAUGCAGUAGCCCUGAAGAACUGGCGCAAAAUCUUGCAGACAUGCAAGCUAAAUCAUUUUCCAAGAUGACCUCCAUAGAACUGGAUGAUAUGCGAAUACCAGCUUCAGCUGUGAGCGACACCAGGUCUUGGACUGGCCCUAGGUCCCUCGACAACCUGGUGGACUUCAUAUGCCAAGCCUUGCCUACCCUCCACACUCGACUCGGACAGAAAUCGAAAUCCAACGGGUCGCCGACGUUGAUAUUCGUUGCUGGCGCAGCCCUCCGGGUAGCAGACGUUACUCGGGUGCUCAAGGACAAGAAGCUGCGCGGAGAGAAGGGCGGCGAGGUGGCCAAACUCUUCGCGAAACAUUUUAAACUCUCGGAGCAUGUCACCUACCUCCAACGAACAAAAAUAGGCAGUGCAGUGGGAACCCCAGGCCGACUCGGGCAGCUCCUGGAAAACGAAAAUGCUCUGGCGACCUCGCAACUCACUCACAUAAUGCUUGAUAUUACAUACCACGACGCCAAGAAGCGUUCCUUAUUAGACAUACCCGAGACUCGAGAUCAGGUCUUCAAGCAGGUCUUGGGAGAACCAAAAGUAUUGAAGGCGAUCAAGGAGGGGAAAGUGCAGGUUGUCUUAUUUUGA